UUCAACCAUGGGGACCAGAUUGUUACUGCCCUGUUUUCUGGUUCUGCUGUCAUGUGCACUCUGCCAUGCUGGGUCUGCCGGGAAAGAGUUUGCCACCGCCUUCAUGCAGAACUUCCUGCCACGCUAUGGGAAAGCCCGCCUCCAGAUCCAGAUCUCUGCCCUGCACGCCGACACUAAGGUGAAGGUAAGCGUGCCUUCGCUGCAUUUCGUCCAGGAGAAGACACUCGGCGCUGGGGAAGGCACCGUCAUCCAGCUGCCUGCUAACGUGGAGAUGGACGGCACCCAGAGGUCACCUAAAACGGUCCGGAUCGAGGCCAACCAGGAAGUGACGGUGGUCUCCCUAAACUUCAAGCGGUACACCGCUGACACCGCGGUGGUCUACCCCGUAUCGGAGUGGGGGACCGAAUACUAUAUCUUCACUCCCAGCUCCUCCCCCCUGGGGACCUUCAAAGAAUUCUCCAUCACCAACCACAAGCAGCGCAACACGGUCCAGAUCUUCCCCCAGGCUCCGGUGUGGUUCCAGGGAAAGUGCUAUAAACCCGGCAGUAAGAUCAGCGUGGUACUGCAGCCUUACGAGAGCCUGCAGAUCCAGGGCAUCACUAACCUCAGGAAGUGCUACCCGUUCCAUAUUGGCCACUUGCUGCCCUGGUUCUGGAGAAAGCAUUCUAAGCUCAGCAAGAUCCAGGGCAAGCAUGACCUAACGGGCAGCCGGGUGCUCUCUACUCUCCCAGUAGCAGUGUCCAGUGGCCACACCUGCACCUGGAAGUUCUCCAAAUGCAACCAUGUGUAUGAGCAGCUGAUGCCCGUCCAGAACUGGGGCAAGAAUUUUCUGGUGGCACCCCUGCACUUCCAAACCCGCUAUGACAGUAUCUAUGUUCAGGCUUCUCAGACCACACGGGUAGUGCUCAAAUCAGGCGGCAGGGAUAAGGUGCUGCGCCUGAACAAGGGUCAGGCCCAGGAGAUCCAGAUUACAAAGGACAAUGGUGUCCUCAUCACCGCCGACCAUGGCAUCCAAGUCCUUUACCUAUUCAACGGGGUCCGUGUAAGCCGUGCACUGUUGUAUGACCCGUUUCUCAUGACCGUGUUGCCCACUGACCGCUUCUGCUCCUCAUACACCCUGGACGGGCAAGCUGACUUUGACAACAAGGCCAUCUUCCUGGUUCGCAACGAUGACGUGGCUGGGCUCAGGUUUGACAACGCCCCCCUGCCCAGGAAUGUGGCAUUCCAGCGUAUAGAUGGGACAGAGUUCUCCUGGGCUGAGGUACCCUUCAAGGCUGGAGUGGGCCAUCACAGUGCCGCCCACCCCACUGCAUCCUUUGGGGUCUACAGCAUUGGUGUGAGUCAGAGGAAUGGGUAUGGAGCCCCAGCAAAAUGUGGCCAAUCAGGUGCAUCGGGCACCUGCUGGGCGAUGGGCGACCCCCACUACCGCACAUUCGAUGGCCGCAAAUUCAAUUUCAUGGGCACCUGCACCUACAUCAUUGCCAAGAACUGUCAGGCCAAUGAUGGCCUGCCCCCUUUCCAGGUUGAGACCAAGAACGAGAACCGCGGAAACAGCCGGGUCUCAUACGUGGGCCUGGUCACAGUUAAGGUCUACGGAAUCACCAUCACAGUGGCCCGCUCCGAGAAUGGACUUGUUAGGGUUGACUACAGCCUCUACAGACUCCCGGUGGUACUGGAGCACGAUAAGUUGAAGCUGUUCCAGAGGGGCCGGUCUGUGGUGAUCGAAACAGAUUUUGGCUUGACGGUGCAGUAUGACUGGGAGUCUUAUGUGGUGGUCACCCUUUCUGGUACCUUUGCCGGCAAGGUGUGUGGCCUGUGCGGCAACUUCAACGGCGACUCCAAAGAUGACUUUGCCACGCCCGGCGGCUCCCAGGCGCCCAAUGCGGUCGACUUUGGCCGCAGCUGGAAGGUUCCAGGCCUGGACAGUGACGCGCUCUGUCGAGACGAAUGCUCGGGACAGUGCAAGAAGUGCGAACACAGCCUGCUGAAGCGCUGGGAGGGCAAGGCCUUCUGCGGCCUCAUCACGCUCCUCGUGGACGGGCCCUUCCGUCUGUGCCACGCCUCCAUCGACCCGCACAUCUACUUUGAGAACUGCGUGUACGACGUGUGCAUGGGUGACGGGCUGAAGCACUUCCUGUGCCAGGCUCUGGAGGGCUACACCAGUGCCUGCCAGGCGGCCGGGAUCAAAGUGUUCGACUGGAGGAAGCUUGCUCAUUGCCCUGCCAAGUGCCCGGCACACAGCCACUAUGAGCUGUGUGGGCCCGCCUGCCCGGCCACCUGUGCGGACCCCACCGCCCCCUCCAAUUGCCGGGCCGGCUGUGUGGAGAGCUGCACCUGCGAUGCCGGCUAUGUCCUGAGCGGGGGCAAAUGCAUACCCUCGCUGAGUUGCGGCUGCCCUUACGAGGGCCGGCAUGUCCCGCCCGGAGAGUCCUUCUGGGGCGACAAGGCCUGCCAAAAACGGUGCUACUGCAAUCGCGUCAAAAACCAGGUGCACUGCAAGGACACCGGCUGCAAGGCCGGGCAGCAGUGCCAGGUGGUGAAGGGCAUUAGGGACUGCCACCCCGUCUCCCACAGCACCUGUUCCGCCACCGGAGACCCCCACUACCUCACCUUCGACGGGCGUCGCUACGACUUCCAGGGCACCUGCGUGUACCAGCUGGUGGGCGUCUGCUCCAAAGACCCUGACCUUGUGCCCUUCGAGGUGCUGGUGCAGAACGACUUCCGGGGCAGCAGGGUGGUAUCGUACACCAAGCUGGUGGAGGUCAAAGUGUACGGCCUGAGCGUCGUCAUCAGCAGAGGGAACAGAGGGAAGGUCCUGGUAAAUGGAGAGCUCACCCACUUGCCCGUGUACCUGGAAGAUGGCAAGGUGUACAUCUACAAGAGCGGCUGGUACGCAGUGGUCAAGACCAACUUUGGGCUGAAGGUGUCAUUUGACUGGAACAGCGCCGUCCACGUCACCCUCCCCAGCACCUACAGGGACGCCGUGUGCGGCCUGUGCGGUAACUACAACGGCAGAAAACAGGACGACCUGACGGAGAAGGGUGGCAAGGUCACGACCAGCGCCACCGAUUUCGGCAGGAGCUGGCGCGUGGCGGAGAUCCCGGGCUGCGUCCACGGCUGCAAGGGUGCCUGCCCCGACUGCGACAUCACACAGAAGCGGCAGUACGAGACCAACGCUUUCUGCGGCCUCCUGCGUGAACCCAAGGGGCCCUUCCGCGACUGCCACGCCAAGGUGGACCCUGCCGGGGCCUUUGAGGACUGCGUCUACGACGUCUGCCUCUACAAGGGCCGGAAGGACGUGCUGUGCAAGGCUAUCACCGACUACACCACGGCCUGCCAGGAGAGCGGGGCCAAGGUCUACCCCUGGCGCUCUGAAAAGUUCUGCCCUACCAAAUGCCAAUCGAACAGCCACUAUGAGGUGUGCAGCACCGGCUGCCCAACCACCUGUCAGAGCCUAUCCCCACCCCUGGGCUGCGAUUCACUGUGCCAGGAGGGCUGUACCUGUGAUGAGGGCUUCAUCCUGAGCGGAGACCGUUGCGUGCCCUUCUCCCAGUGCGGCUGUGCCUACGGCGACCGCUACUACCGCAUCGGCGAUGUCUUCUACCCCAACGGGAAGUGCAACGAGGAGUGCACCUGUAUGAAGGACGGAGAGGUGGUGUGCAAGGAGUUCUCCUGCGGGCCCAACGAGAAGUGUGAGGUGGCGAACGGGGUGCGGAAGUGCCAGCCCGUGGGCUCAGGAGUUUGCGUGGCAUCCGGUGACCCCCACUACACCUCCUUCGACGGGCGUCACUUCGACUUCCAGGGAACCUGCACCUACACGCUGGCCAAGGGCUGCGGCCUGGAGGGAACACACCUGGUGGCCUUCUCCGUGCAGGUGCAGAACGAGAGGUGGACGCCGGCCUGGUGGAAGAGGGUGUCCGUCACUGAGCUGGUGGCCGUUGAGGUCUACGGCUACACGCUGAUCAUGCGGGAGAACACUCCGGGCGUUCUGGUCAAUGGUGUGUUGAACAAUCUACCGCUGAAUCUGAAUGACGGGAAGGUGGUAGUCUACCAGGAGGGCAAACACUACACCCUGAAGACCAGAUUUGGCCUCGUCGUGACCUACGACCUCGUGUACCAUGUCACCGUCACCGUCCCGGGCAACUACCGUGGGAAGACCUGUGGCCUGUGCGGCAACUUCAACGGAAACAAGAAUGACGAGUACCGCCUACCCAAUGGAAGGCUCAGCAUGGACGUCAACGCCUUCGGGGCUGCGUGGAAGGUGGCCAUCCCAGGGGUGGUCUGCGACGACGGCUGCUCUGGCAACAAGUGCCCCACGUGCAACCCCAAGCAGAAGGCCAUCUUCCAGAAGCCCAGCUACUGCGGCAUCCUCAGCGAUCCCAAGGGGCCCUUCGCCGCCUGCCACGCCAAGCUGGACCCCAAACCCUACUACGCUGACUGCAUCUUCGACAUCUGCACGUCCAACGGCGACCGCAAGGUGCUGUGCGACAGCGCCGCGUCCUACGCGCUCAACUGCCACAUCGCCGGCGUCGACGUCAAGAGCUGGAGGAGCCCGUCCUUCUGCCCAAUGUCCUGCCCACCUCACAGCCACCACGAGGUGUGUGCGGACACCUGUGCCAACGCCUGCCCCGGCCUGGCGGAGGUCGCGCAGUGCCCCAGCACCUGCACCGAAGGCUGUGAGUGUGACGCUGGCUACCUGUUCAACGGCGAGAGCUGUAUCCAGGAGGACCAGUGCGGCUGCUAUGACAACGGACGCAGCUACAAGGCAGGGGAGGUGGUGUACGACGACGACUGCAAGCAGAAGUGCACGUGCGACGCCCUUAAAGGUCUGACCUGCCAGGCUCACACCUGCCCCAGCGGAACCAAGUGUCUGGUCAGGAAGGGGGUGAAGGCAUGCUUCAAUACAGAUCCCUGCAAGGACGCCAAGUGCCGGGUGAAGGAGACGUGCAGGGUGGAGAAGGGCGAGGCCGUGUGCCUGCCCCAGUACCACGGGACGUGCUGGGCCUGGGGCGACCCCCACUACCACACCUUCGACGGGCUCAACUUUGACUUCCAGGGCACCUGCAAGUACACCGUCUCGCAGACCUGCGGGGCCAACGCGGCCGGCCUGGUGCCCUUCUCCAUCCAGGAGCGCAACGACAACCGCGGCAGCACCGCCGUCUCCUUCGUCAGGGAGGUGGACGUCACCGUCUACGGCUACACCUUCACCCUGGUCAAGCACCAGUACGGCCGAGUCAUGCUGGAUAACGAGGUGCAGAACCUGCCCCUCCAAAUGGACCGGGACCUGGUGACGGUGACCCAGCGCGGGCGCACGGCGGUUCUGCAGACCAACUUCGGGCUGCGCGUCACCUACGACUGGAACUGGAAGCUGGUCAUCGAGCUCCCCAGCAGCUACUACGACAGCGUGUGCGGCCUGUGCGGGAACUUCAACGGCGACCGCAAGGACGAGCUGCACAACCCCGCCGGCAAGCCUGUGGCCUCCGUCAUCGACUGGGGCAAGAGCUGGAGGGUGCCCGACCCCCAGGACCCCACCUGCUGGGACCAGUGCCAGGCGGGCUGCCCCACCUGCGACCAUAACCAGCGCAAGCUCUACGAGACGGAGGCGCUCUGCGGCGCGCUCACCAACAAGGUGGACGGCGCGUUCAAGAGCUGCCACGACAAGCUGGACCCGCGGGCCUUCAUGGAGAACUGCGUCUACGACAUGUGCCUGCACAAGGGCGAUAAGAAGAUGCUGUGCCAAGCGCUGGAGUCCUACAGCGAGAUGUGUCUGCAGGAGGGGGUCGUCAUCAAGGGCUGGAGGACCAAGUUCGGCUGCCCCAUGAGCUGCCAGCCCCACAGUCACUACGAGGAGUGCGCCAGCCCCUGCCCGCUGACCUGCCCGUUCACGGACGGCGACCGCCCGGCCUGCAAGGCGCUGUGCUCGGAGGGCUGCGCGUGCGACAAGGGCUACGCCCUGAGCGCGGGGAAGUGCGUGCCCGAGAAGGCGUGCGGCUGCUCCUACCAGGGCCGCUACUACGAGCCGGGGCAGAGCUUCUGGGCCGAUGGGGGCUGCCACCAGCUGUGCGUGUGCGACGCCGCCCUGCGCAUUGUGGUGUGUCGCCCCGAGGGCUGCAAGGCCACGGAGCGCUGCGCGCUGGAGGGCGGGGUGCGGGCCUGCCGCCCCCUCAGCUACUCCACCUGCUCGGCCGCCGGGGACCCCCACUACCUCACCUUCGACGGGCGCCGCUUCAACUUCCAGGGCACCUGCGUGUACCAGCUGGCGGCGCUGUGCUCCAAGGACCCCAGCCUGGCCACGUUCGAGGUGACGGUGCAGAACGACCACCGCGGGAGCAAGGCCGUGUCCUACACCAAGGUGGUGACGGUGAAGGUGUACGGCGUCACCGUCACCAUCAGCAAGGACUACCGCUUCAAGAUCCUGGUGGAUGGGCAGUUCACCUCCAUGCCCUUCCAGUUUGACGGCGAGAGGCUCCAGGUGUUCCGCAGCGGCUGGACCGCCGUGCUGGAGACCGCGUUCGGCAUGCGCGUCACCUUCGACUGGAACAGCGUGGUGACGGUCACCCUCCCCAACACCUACCAGGGCGCCGUCUGUGGCCUGUGCGGCAACUACAACCGUAAUCCCGGCGACGACGGCACACUGCGCGAUGGGAAGGCGGCGGGGAGCGAGGCCCAGCUGGGGGAGAGCUGGAGGGUGGGCACGGUCCCUGGCUGUGUCUCUGGCUGCACGGGGCCCCUCUGCCAGGCCUGCUCCGGCUCCCAGCUCCAGGCCUACCGCGGCCAGCGCUACUGCGGCAUCAUCGCCGACAAGGCCGGGCCCUUCCGUGACUGUCACGCCCGCCUGGACCCCGCCCCGUUCCUGGAGGACUGCGCCUACGAUGCCUGCCACUUCAAGGGCCGCCAUAGCGCCGUCUGCCAGGCGAUCGCCGUGUACGUGGAGCGGUGUCAGAGCAUGGGCGUGGCCGUGCGCUCCUGGAGGAGCGACUCCUUCUGCCCGGCCUCCUGCCCCAAGAACAGCCAUUACCACCUCUGCUCCCCGGGCUGCGCCACCACCUGCGCCGGCACACCCACGCGCUGCUCCCUGCCCUGCCGGGAGGGCUGCCGCUGCGACGAGGGCCAUAUCCUGAGCGGGGACGCCUGCGUGCCGCUGGCAGAGUGCGGCUGCACCUACGGGGGGCGCUACUACAAGAAGUGCGAGGUCUUCUACCCUCGCGGCGAGUGCCAGGAGCGGUGCAAGUGCGGCGAGAACGGCGCCAUCCAGUGCGACAAGUUCAAGUGUGCCGCGGGCGAGGUCUGCAAGGUUGUGGGCGGGGUGGGCGGGUGCCACCCCGAGGGGGAGGGGAAGUGCGUGGCCUCUGGAGACCCCCACUACAUCUCCUUCGACGGGCGCCGCUUCGACUUCCAGGGUACCUGCGUCUACACCCUGGCCAAGGUGUGUGACACAGACGAGAGAAGGCUGGUCCCCUUCGUGGUGCAGGAGAGCAACGAGAAGUACGGCAAUGGCAGGGUGGCAGUCACCAAGGAGGUGUCGGUGGUGGUCUACAGCUACGUCAUCACCAUCAAGCAGGGCAUGAGCUGGAGAGUCAUCGUGGACGACGAGGAGACAAACCUGCCUCUGUAUCUGGACGAGGGCCGGAUCACGGUGACCCAAGAGGGCCGGAACAUCCUGGUGCGCACAGACUUCGGACUGCGGGUUCUGUACGACACCGUGUACUACGUGGAGGUGGUGGUGCCCUCCACCUACAAGGGCUGGAUGUGCGGCCUGUGCGGCAACUACAACGGCAACAGCAGGGACGACUUCCGUCUGCCGGACGGCCGCCAGGUGGCCAGCGUGGACGCUUUCGGCAAGGCCUGGACCGCAGACCUGCCGGGGCUGGAGUGCGCGGGCUGCGGGGGGCAGUGUCCCGUCUGCAAGCGGGCCGAGGCGGCCAAGCACAGCAAGCCCGACUCCUGUGGCAUCAUCAGCUCCAGAACCGGGCCCUUCCGGGCCUGCCAUGCCAAGGUGGACCCCAAGCCCUACCUGCAGCACUGUGUGUUCGACGUCUGCGCCCUGGACGGUGACCAAGGGACCCUGUGCAAGAGCGUCCAGGCCUACGCCAUCGCCUGCCAGCACGCCGGGGCAGAGAUCCACGCCUGGAGAACCACCUCCUUCUGCCCUGCCCCGUGCCCGGCGCACAGUCACUAUGAGGUGUGUGCGGACACGUGUGGCACUACCUGUGCCAGCCUGGCUGGCCCUGGCUCCUGCUCCAGCACCUGCUUUGAGGGCUGCCAGUGUGACCCGGGCUUCGUCUCCGACGGCGACAAGUGUGUGUCCAUGGAUACCUGCGGGUGCAUCCACGAGGGCAGAUAUAUGAAGUCUGGCCAGUCGGUCGUGAGUAAGGGCUGUGAGUCGGUGUGCACGUGUUACCCCACGGGGGCAGUGCUCUGUAAGAAGCAGCAGUGUGGCAUCGGGGAGACGUGCCGCGUGCGGGACGGGGUCCGGGGCUGCCACCCCAAAGAGGGCGACUGCUCCAUCAAGCCCGGCGGCCAUUUUGGCUCCUUCGACGGCCUGGCGGGGGGCACAGACUGGCACGGGGCCUUCGAGAUGGCCUCGCUCUGCGCCCUGCAGUCAGAGCAGUGGUUCCGCGUGGUGGUGGACGUACGGCUGUGUGAGAAGGGGGGGCGGGCCACCGCGGCUGCCGUCUACGUCUUCUUCAAGGACACGGUCGUCUCUGUCAACAACCGGCGGGAGGCCUGGGCUAACGGCAGGAAGCUGUCUCUGCCUGGCUCCCCGGCGAAGGACCUGUCCGUGCGCGUGACCGACAGCGCGGUUCUGGUGGAGAGGUGGUCUUCGCUGCGCGUGACAUACUACUUCACCCAGGAGGUGCGGGUCACCGUGGCCGUCCACCUGGCCGGGAAGGUGUGUGGUGCCUGCGGCAACUUCAACGGCAACGCCAAGGACGACCUGACCUCCGCCGCUGGCACCUCCAGCGUCAGCGUGUCCGAGGUGAUCGGGUCCUGGCACGCCGGCGAUUUCUCCCGCUGCGGCCUGUAAGACCAGCAUGCACCUGAACUGGAACCUCCCACAUCUGACAUCACAGACGAAGCCUCCUCAUCAUAAUGUCGCUUUCAUCAGAACUGGCUUCCUGUAAAAGUGUAAACCUGUCGCUUGUUCCCUCCAAUUUCGUUUCCCUACCUGAGGGCCUUGUUUCUCAACUCUUCUCAUCCAUCACUAUGUACGGAGUGGAUGGAGUUGUGUUGUACAUUUUUUUUUAACUAGGUUUUUUAAUUGUAUUUGGGUGGGGGGACAUGAAUCUUUCAUUUUCUGCCUGGAAUUUAUAGAGGUAAUAAUUUCUUGGAUGUUUACUGAAAGUAACAAAUAAAGAAGCAAUUGAACCA